UCCAUCACAAUAAACUGAUUAUAUAUGAGUCACUUUUUUGGGGGAAAAGAAAUUUUAAAAAAAAUUAAAAAAAAGAUCAGCCAUGACUCAUCAUUUUCAGGAAAGCACUCAAACCAUGACUCAGCAUUUCUUGAAAAGUCCCACAAUUCCGCAUUAAUUGACCCCGACUCCUCGCUCCUCCUCCUCCUCCUCCUCCUCCUCCUCACCUGCCACCUGCCGCCCUCACCUCCCAUAAUUCCCUGCUGCCUCGAUCUAAUCCUCUUUCCCCUCCUCCUUCCUCUUUAAUCCGCCGCUCGCCGUCUGCUGCUGCUGGCGGCGUUUGACUCGCUGCCAGCGCCGUUUCCUGUUUGGCCAUGGAGGAGCUGCUGCUGCCCUCCGGCGCCGGUGGCGGCGGCGGCGGCGGCGGCGGCGGGGAGGAGGACGGCGACGGGGACGGGCGGCGGCGGCGGCUGCUGGCGGCGGCGGAGGACGGCGGGCGCGCCGCCCGGGGCUUCUGCCGGCGCCACGGCCUGCUCACGCUCUCCGUGGCCGCCGUGCUCACCGGCUGCACGCUGGGAUUCAUGCUGCGGGGGACCAAGCUCAGCACGCAGGCUAAGAUCUACUUCUCCUUCCCCGGGGAGCUGCUGAUGAGGAUGCUCAAGAUGCUAAUCCUGCCGCUAAUCACCUCCAGCCUGAUGUCGGGCCUGUCCUCCAUGGAGUCGCGGGCCUGCUGCCGGAUGGGGGUCCUCACGGUCACCUACUACCUGUGGACCACCUUCAUGGCGGUGGUGGUGGGCAUCGUCCUGGUGCUCAUCAUCAAGCCGGGGGUGGGCACCACCAUGGAGAGCAACCGGCUGGGGGCGGGGCCCGUCAUGACCUCCGCCGACGCCCUGCUGGACCUCAUCAGGAACAUGGUUCCCUCCAACCUCAUCGAAGCCACGUUCCAGCAGUACAAGACGGACCUCAUCCCCAUCCUGAAGGUGGCGGCGCGCACGGCCCCGCCCAGCUUCCUGUACGCCGUGCCGGACGAGGAGGAGGGCGACGCCCCCCGGGGGCGGACCGUCCUGCUGGAGCUGACUCCGCCCCCCGAGGUCACCUACCGCACCAGCCCCGGCAGCAGCCAGCAGAUGAACGUGCUGGGCAUCGUCAUCUUCUCCGCCACCAUGGGCCUCCUGCUGGGCCGGAUGGGCGAGCGCGGCUCGCCGCUCAUCAACGUGUGCCAGUGCAUCAACGAGUGCGUCAUGAAGAUCAUCAACGCCGCCGUCUGGUACUUCCCGUUCGGCAUCGUGUUCCUGGUUGCCGGUAAGAUUCUGGACAUGCAGGACCCGAGCACGCUGGGCCUGAAGCUGGGCUGGUACGGCGUGACCGUGCUGGCGGGGCUCUUCGUCCACGGCCUGGUCCUCCUGCCGGGGUUUUACUUCCUGCUGACGCGCCAGAACCCCUUCCGAUACAUCCGGGGCCUGCUGCAGGCCAUGGUCAUCGCCCUGGCAACCAGCUCCAGCUCGGCCACCCUGCCCAUCACGAUGAAGUGUCUGCUGGAGAACUGCCGGGUGGACCGGCAGAUCGCCCGCUUCGUGCUGCCGGUGGGCGCCACCAUCAACAUGGACGGCACGGCGCUGUACGAGGCGGUGGCGGCCAUCUUCAUCGCCCAGGUCAACGACUACGAGCUGGACUUCGGCCAGCUGGUCACCAUCAGCAUCACGGCCACGGCGGCUAGCAUCGGCGCGGCCGGCAUUCCGCAGGCCGGCCUGGUUACCAUGGUGAUCGUGCUGACCUCGGUGGGGCUGCCGCCCGAUGACAUCACCCUCAUCGUGGCCAUCGAUUGGAUCCUCGACCGCUUCCGGACCAUGAUCAACGUGCUGGGCGACGCGCUGGCGGCAGGGAUCAUCGCGCACCUCUGCAGGAAGGACUUCCCCCUGAGCGGCGCCGCCAAGGUCCCGUCCUACGGCUCGGCGGCGCCGCGGCGGCCGGACGUCCCGCUGACCCGUCUCCGCGGCGACGAGGAGGAAGGGGCGGGGCCCGAGGAGGAGGAGGAGGAGGGGGCGGGGCCUGCCGGCCACGGCCACGCCCACACCGUCUACUACAACAUCUGCCAAGUGUGAGAGAGGCCCAACGCCCGGGGCGGGAACCCCGGGGCGGGACGACAACAGGGACGCUAGGGCUAACGCUAAGCUAACGCUAAAGCGAAGCGGACGUCCUCUUUUGUACCACGUUAGCAUGCGGGCAUGCGGCUAAUGACUUCCUGUGAAGUCGCCUUAUGUUUGUUACGGUGCUAGCAUAGCGGUAGCUUCAGCUAGCUAGCAAGCUAGCAUUUAGGCUAGCUGCGGAGCGAUUAGCUCGAGCUUUUGGAUUAGCGGUCGUGAGCGCACUGAGCGGUGGAAGCUAGCGGGGGGUUAGCUCGCCAUGCUAGCAUUAGCAUCUCAAGGCUAAGUUAGAAGGUUAGCAUGUUGAGUUAGCAUCCCGCCAUUUUAGGAUUAAAGCUAGCAGUUAGCGCAAGCGAAAGGAGUUAGCUGGUCAGGACGGCGCAAGCUAGUGGAGUUAGCAUGUAAUGCUAGCAUUAGCAUCUCAGGACUGAUGCUAAAACUAGCAAGAAGGCUAGCAUUUUUGAGUUAGCAUCCCGGAUUAAUUAACCUUGAAGCUAGCUGUUCAGCUAGCAUAUGCCAAAGCUAAAGGAGUUAGCAUUUAAUGCUAGCUUUAGCAUGUCGGUGCUGAUGCUAUAGAUAAUAAGUAGGUUAGCUUUUCAUGCUAAUAUCCCAGCUAGCUGGAAAUUACGCUAGCAAUUGCGAAUGCUAAAAGCUAACGGUGUUAGCAUAGCGGGAUGAGGGAAGCUAGCGGAGUUAGUCGGUGUUCGCUAAGAGCUAGCUAAAGUAUAUAGCGUUUAGGCUAACAUAUGACAAAGGAGAUAGCAUUGUUUGCUAAUGCUAAUGCUAACUCUGCUAGCUAGGAGAGUUAUGCUAGCAUUUCAAACUAGCGUAGUCUCAGAUCCGAAGCUAAUGCUAAUGCUAGCAACCUAGCUAAAGCAUGGCAACAGUGAUGCUAAUUCCAUUAGCUAAUCUGAAGAGGUUAGCAUUCAUGCUAACUCCAUGAGCUUAGCUACAGACUCAGCUUUGUUUACUGACGCUAGCUAGUUGACGCUAGC